AUGACUAAUGUUGAAAUGGAAAGAGUGCCUGAAAACGGAUCAAUCUGUGAUGAUAGCACAGAAGAGGGUGCAGAUGAAAAUAAUCCAGGUUCUUCUAAUAGAUUAAAGACCAAGAAAACCAAGAAACGAGGCAUUGUUUAUCUAUCUACAAUACCUCCAUAUAUGAACGUGGCUAAGAUACGUGAAAUAUUCAGUGAAUUUGGUGAAAUCGGCCGGAUAUACUUGCAGUCCACAAGCAAACCUGGUGAGAAACGGAAACGAGUACCUAACCAAUUUUCAGAAGGAUGGGUAGAGUUUCAAAAGAAGAAAGUUGCUAAAGAAGUUGCAACCAAACUAAAUAACACAAAGAUUGGUACUAGAAAGAGGUCACGGUACUAUGACAUGAUAUGGAAUAUUAAAUAUAUUCCACGGUUCAAAUGGAUUCAUUUGAGUGAAAGACUGGCUUACGAACGAGCUGCAAUGAAACAAAGGCUUAGAGCUGAAAUAUCUCAGGCUAAGAAAGAGGCUCACUACUUACAAACAAAUGUUGAAAAGAGUAAGAAAAUGAAGAAAAAAAAGCUUGUAAAGGGUGAUGAAUAA